GAAGCGAGAGCAGCGCUUGUUGGAGUCAACUAGACAGCCUCACUGGCAAGGAAUUGUGAUUUCUUUUUUUUUUUUCUGCCUCAGCCAGGCUGGAUAUUAGGCUCCUGUGCUUCAGUUUGCUGCAGCUCAACAUGAAAUAUAUUUUGAACAUACAGUAGGCUCUGGCAUCGUUGCAUAUCUCUGUCUUUUGGAUUUUUUUUUUCUUUAAUAUUUUUUUUUAUGUUGCGUGGACUAAUUUGUCGGAAUAUGAGUAGCCUUUUUCUAAGUGAGAUACGAGGGAUUUAAUUAGUAAGUUAAAGCUUCGGGACUUGCGGAAGGGGGACGAGAGAGAGAGCAAAUCUGCUGGAAAUAAAAAGGUAAUCGGGACUUGAGUGAUGUGAUGAGGCAUUCCUGCAACUGCGCCCUGCUUUAAAGCAAAGAUAUCCGGACUUAGGCUGUUGAAUAAUUUUGUGACUGCAGAGCCUUUCAUUCCCCCCUCCUUUUCAUCAGAUGUGCUUUUUGAAAGCCCAGUCAAAGAGGAGAUGUGAUCACCCCCUUGUAAUGUAUUUCACAUAACAAGAUGUUCAUUCAAACUGCGACGUAAAUGUUGACUGGAAUCCGGGCGGAGAAUCUAACACGGACUUUUGAGCCUCAGCACUUCAUCAGCGCGGAAGAUCAGAAUUCUUGUGGACUUGCUCACGGGAAUUCACAUCUCUGAGUCUCCCCAUGCCCUCCUCCUUUCAGCUUACUUGAAAAAUGGACAGUUCAUCUUGUGAGUCAUAUGUAAAACCAGUUUGCUGCUUGUUAAGAGCCGCAUGGAUUUAUACGGUUAAAUCACUGGUGUGAGGAGAUUCAGCAUGUUUUUAUAAACCUGUCGUCCCCAAUGUUUCGGCUGCUGCAGUAGAGCGGGGGGGAUCUGCCUCAGAAGAGUCAAAUAAGCUCAAGCACUUGUUAGCUUUAUUAGUAAACGAGAUAGUCCUCAUCCAAACACUUUUUUUUCUGGACAUUUUUAUCGAGAUGGUUCUUUGGUAUGAUUUUUCCAGUUUUCUCUGACGCGCAUCCCUGUGCGUAAAAAUCAAGGUCUUUAUUAGGCACAGAAAAAAAAAAUCAACAGGUACAAUGCAAAGCAAGGAAAUGGAAUUAAUACACUUAACUGGUGUUUUCCUCUUAUUUUGGGUCGGGACUGAGGCUGUUAUUAACCUGAAAUAUGGAAUAAACGAGGAGAUGAAGCCCGGCUCAGUCAUUGGAAACGUGACAAAGGACGCACUUAAGCAGGGAUUUCAGAUCGCACCGCAGCCCCCUUACUUGAGGGUGAUUUCCAAUUCAGAGCCGCGAUGGGUGGAACUCAGUCCAGCAGGGAUCCUUACCACCCAAAUGAAGAUAGAUCGCGACGUAGUGUGCCGACAAAACCCGAAGUGCAUUAUUUCCUUAGAAGUGAUGUCAAACUCUAUGGAGAUCUGCGUUAUCAAAGUUGAAAUUGAGGAUUUGAACGAUAACGCCCCCAGGUUCCCGACGAGCCACAUUGAUAUUGAAAUUUCCGAGAAUGCCGCCCCCGGUACCAGGUUUCCCCUAGAGGGGGCCAGCGACCCGGACUCUGGGAUUUUUGGAGUGCAGUCAUAUUCUAUCACCCCAAAUGAGCUUUUUGGGCUAGAAAUAAAAACCAGAGGGGAUGGAUCCAAAAUUGCUGAGCUUGUUGUGCAAAAAUCAUUAGAUAGAGAGACCCAGUCCCAUUAUACAUAUGAAAUCAGUGCGGAAGAUGGAGGAGACCCACCAAAGAUAGGCGCGGUACAGUUAAACAUCAAAGUUAUUGAUUCAAAUGACAACAACCCCGUUUUUGACGAGCCGGUGUAUACCGUUAAUGUGAUGGAGAAUUCCCCCAUCAACACAUUAGUCAUAGACCUGAAUGCAACGGAUCCUGAUGAGGGCACUAAUGGAGAGGUUGUGUACUCCUUCAACAGUUACGUCACUGAAAAAACGAGGGAGGCUUUUAAAAUUGACCCCAGAACCGGGAUCAUCACUGUCAACGGUGUUUUGGAUUAUGAAACGACGCAGAUAUACGAGAUCGACGUCCAGGCCAAAGAUUUAGGUCCCAACUCUAUCCCAGCCCACUGCAAAGUCACUGUGAAUGUGAUGGAUACGAACGAUAACCCACCUGUCAUCAAUUUGCUCUCACUAAACACAGAGAUGGUGGAAGUCAGUGAAAACGCGCAGCGUGGAUAUGUCAUUGCACUGGUGAGGGUGUCAGAUAAGGAUUCUGGGGCAAACGGGAAAGUGCAGUGCAGGUUGCAGGGUAACGUUCCGUUCAGACUGCAAGAAUACGAGAGCUUCUCGACUAUACUUGUUGAUGGGAGGCUGGAUAGAGAGCAGAAGGACACAUACAACCUGACCAUCCAAGCGGAGGACAGUGGCACCCCUCCUUUACGCGCCACAAAAUCUUUAGUUGUUAAAGUCACAGAUGAAAAUGACAACCCGCCUCACUUCCUAAAGCCGCACUACCAGGAGAUGGUGAUGGAAAACAACCUCCCUGGCUCUUGUCUCCUCGCAGUUUCAGCAGAAGACCCUGACCUGGGCAUGAACGGCACCGUUUCCUACUCCAUAGUACCCGGCGAGAUUAAACACAUGGAUGUAAACACGUACGUCAGCAUCAACCCGUCAGGCCGCAUUUACUCCAUGAGAUCAUUCGAUCACGAAUACACCAGGACAUUUGAUUUCAAAGUUCUGGCCAGAGACAACGGCAACCCCUCCAUGUCCAGCAACGCCACGGUGCGCAUCGUAGUCCUGGACGUCAACGACAACACGCCCGUCAUGACCAACCCCCCGCUGGUGAACGGCACUGCGGAGGUGUCCAUCCCCAGGAACGCCGGCCUGGGUUACCUGGUGACUCAGGUGAAGGCCGACGACUAUGACGAGGGGGAGAACGGGCGGCUGACCUACACCCUGUCCGAGGGGGACCGGGCCUUCUUUGAGAUAGACCAGGUGAACGGAGAGGUGCGCUCCACCAGGAUGUUCGGGGAGAAUGCCAAGUCCACGUACGAGAUCACGGUGGUGGCGAGGGAUCACGGCAAGCCCUCCCUGUCCGCCUCGGCCUACAUCGUGGUGUACCUCUCCCCAGACCUGAACGCACAGGAGCCCAUCGGACCUGUCAACCUGUCCCUCAUCUUCAUCAUCGCCCUGGGCUCCAUCGCCGCCAUCCUCUUUAUCACCAUGAUUUUCGUGGCGGUCAAGUGCAAGAGGGAUAACAAGGAGAUCCGGACGUACAACUGCAGUUUCUUCUACUUGCGCAGGGUGGCGGAAUACUCAUAUGGCAACCAGAAGAAGUCCAGCAAGAAGAAGAAGCUGAGCAAGAACGACAUCCGCCUGGUGCCACGAGACGUUGAGGAGACAGACAAGAUGAACGUGGUGAGUUGCUCAUCUCUCACCUCCUCGCUCAACUACUUCGACUACCACCAGCAGAGCCUGCCUCUGGGCUGCAGGCGCUCCGAGAGCACCUUCCUCAACGUGGAGAACCAGAACUCACGCAAUGCAGCUCCCAACCAUGGCUAUCAGCACCCGUUCACAGGGCAGGGCCACCAGCAGCCAGACCUCAUCAUCAACGGCAUGCCACUGCCAGAGACGGAGAAUUAUUCCAUUGAUUCCAGUUAUGUGAACAGCAGAGCCCACCUCAUUAAAAGGCCCCCAUGUAGCACAUCAACGUUCAAGGACCUGGAGGGGAACAGUCUGAAGGACAGUGGCCACGAGGAGAGCGAUCAGACCGACAGCGAACACGACGUUCAGAGGGGACACUAUGUUGACACGGCUGUCAAUGACAUGCUGAACAUGACGGUCCCCCCUAAUGUUUGCCAGCUGCCAGAACAAGAUACCAGUGAGGGCUUUCACUGCCAGGACGAGUGUCGCAUCCUCGGUCACUCAGAUCGCUGUUGGAUGCCUCGCGUUCCCGUCCCAGCACGCGCCAAGUCGCCCGAGCACGCCCGCAACGUCAUAGCUCUGUCCAUCGAGGCCACCACGGUGGACGCGCCACACUAUGAGGACGGCACCAUCAAGAGGACUUUUGCCACCUUCGGCAAGGAUGGGCACGAGGAUGUGGAAAGGGGAGAGAUGAAGGGAAAGCGGACUCAGGAGUCUCAGGUUUGCAGCCCCAAGGCCAACGGAGGGGCUAUUCGUGAAGCUGGCAAUGGGCGCGAGGCUGCCAGCCCCGUCACUUCCCCCGUGCACCUGAAGAGCCCCGCAUCCAAGCCGUCCUCUGCCUACAACACACUGAAAUGCCGCGACGCAGAGCGGAUCGCCAACCACAGCCUGCUGCGGCAGCCGGAGGGAAAGGACAGUGAGCCGGCUGUCAGGGAGAUCAACACGCUUCUCCACGAUGGCCGAGACAAGGAAUCCCCCAGCAGCAAGCGCCUGAAGGACAUUGUGCUUUAGCGAGCUUCUUGAUGACAGACGCCGACAUGUAUACACAUAUACAGUGUAAACUCAUAUAUAUACAUAUAUAUAUACACUCUGCAACAGAUGUGUGUACACAGAGGAAGGUUGGGCUGUGGACGUGUAGAGACACACACUCAUUUGCAGAGUACAAAACUCAAGAACCAGCUUGGGCUGAUGGUAAUGAACUGUAGUAUGCUGCAGCUAGUUGUGUGCUCAAGUCCAGGUAGUGGAUGUGGCUUUGUUGUAGUCGCGGUACUUUUUCCUUUUUGCUUUCGUUCAGUUUUUUUCUAUCAGUCUGCAAUGAGUGAACAGGCAGGUCGCUGUUGACUGCAUGGACACGGCCAGCGGAGCGUUCCAGCCCUCCAGCCAAAGCAGGACACUACAUGUUUGGACACCUGAGGUGCCAAGUCACACGUACAGUUUAUGCCUUUUGAACUACUUUUGUAUCUCAGUCUGACUUUUUGCCUUCUUUGGUUUUUGCAGUGUGUUUUAGCUGCCAAAAUCGCUCUUUGUUCCUUUGUAUAGUGAGCUUUGUCACUGUAAGAAGCAACCGCAGAUAAACGCAGGAUUCAUCUACAAAUACAGUCAAAUCACUCUUUCAGCCGUUUCCAGUGCAUUCGGGAGACGGAACAAUAAGCCUCCCGGUCUUGUUAGCCCCUUUCCCCCGACCUCUCUGCUCCUCUCUGAGGACUCCCUGGUGUCAUCAGACUGUGAGGUCUUUACAAUAUUUAUAUUUCAACACAGAUGGAGCUACACAAACUCUCGCUUUAUGCCAAGUCGCUCUGAGCAGCGGUGGGACGGACGGAUCUUUGUCUUCAAAACAACUUGUAUGGAAGAAAAAGACUUACUGCUUUUCAAAUCUCCUGUGCCCAACCUUGAUUGUAGCCAGUGGAGCACAAAUUAGAGCUUUGUGCUUUGGUCUUGUACUUUUUUGACUUUUGACUAUGGGGCUAGGAUAGAAGGGAUCGUCACUCACGUCUUGCUAUGUGAAACUCUGUAUAGGGUUUGCUAUUAUCAUUUUUAAUAACCUGUUGUUAUGUGACAAUCCCUUUAAUGUUUUGUUUCAAGAGAAAAAAAUAAAUAAACAUUGGUGUUCAACUGAAGCUACGGUAGCGUUUGUUACACAAACACAAAAAUUAAAAAAACAUAUAUGCCAAAAUAUAUUUUAUAAAUAAUUUAAAAUGUAUAAUGAGAAUAUUUAAUGCUGUGUAGUUAUUUUAUGAGUAAGUUAUACUUGAACUUAACUUGCUUCUGUUCAUUUGUCGUUUGCUUUUAUAUUGAACCUGAUUUUUUUAAUUAUUAUUAUUAUUAUUUUAAAAAAUGAAUUUGGAUUAUGAUUUGUUUACUGUGUGAUCCCUGGCAACCGUUGACUUGCAGUCUACCUUGUUGUAAAGAGUUUCUUAUUGGUCAGUUCUUGUGCCAUCCAGUUUCUGUGUGGGCUACUAGAAAAUUAAAAAAAAGACAAAAAAAAUAAAUAAAAUAAAAUAAAAAAAAUUCAAAAAAAAAAUUACAACAACAAAAAAAAAAAGCAGUUUCAGCACCAACAUUAGUGUGUCAGUUCAACAAGCUUAGAGUGAGAUAGCAAAAGAAACCAAAAGAGAUGUAAACAAAACCGUAACGAUUACAGGAUGUUGCUUCAUCUGAGAUAUCUGUGGAAGGGAAAAAAACAGCGCCCCGUGUUCUUGGGGCUAGAACCGGGUCCCACAUAUAGGUCAGCCUUCCUACCGGAUCCAGUCAGCUUCAAACAAGGUUGUUUCUCAGCUCCAACUGAGGGCAUUCUGAUGUGGACACUAGCUUUACUCAGCACUGCUGUCACCCUGUGCCAUUUAUGUCCCGCUGAUGUCAAAGAUGUCAAAAGACCACAGAGGUAGAAAGAGGUCUCCCCCCCUCCCCGCCCCCCCGCCCCCCCACAAGCAUCAUACAACAGACUGGGUGGAAUCCCGUUUCAAAAGACUAAGUCUUGGAAGAAGUGUGUUGCACAUGGGAGAUGUGGUUUGAUGUUGCUUUGCAGUAAACUGUGUGUACAAUGUGGGAAGAUAUGAAUGAAAAUGGACAAAUUGCAUUCAACAAACUAGAUCGUGUAGCUGAAUGUUUUGCUGGUCUCACCCAUGGCUUCUGGCAACGUGAAAAUCGGAAUAAUCACUGAAUGUAUACAGCAGCUUAUAAUUAAACUAUUAAAUGUUC